AUAACGUCUCAUUGCAGUCGCUUUUUUUUGAGUUUUGCAAAAGAGGAGGAGGAAACCAAACAUUGACGCAGAAAAAGAAGGAAGACGAGGGAAGAGAAGGAGAAAGAAAAGGAAAAGAGAUGGGGGAUCAUGUUGUGUUGUUUGUGGAGGAAUGCAAUCCUUCUGUGCCUCAGUGUAGGAUUUGUCACGAGGAGGAAGAAGAUGACCCAAAGAGCCUGGAGAGUCCUUGUGCUUGUUCUGGGACUUUGAAGUAUGCUCAUAGGAAGUGCAUACAGAGGUGGUGUAACGAGAAGGGGGAUACAGUUUGUGAGAUAUGCCUGCAGAAAUUUGAGCCUGGGUAUACGGCACCUGCGAAAAAAGAAGCAUUUGGACGCCUGCCUUUGCUCAUCAGGGGCGAGCCUCAUUCUCCGAGAGACGACUUGGAGCUUCAAAAUCCUGGUUUGAUUGCAAUCGUUGCAGCAGAUAGCGAUUUUCUAGAGAGCAACUACAGGGAAAGCUCCCUAUCAACCUUUUGCCGAUCAGUAGCACUAACGUUCACUGUUCUUCUGCUUAUACGCCAUGUUGUCAUUCUGCUGGCAGAUGGAGGAGAGCAGUACGCUUUUACAUUAUUCACUCUUUUUCUUUUGAGGGCGAGUGGAAUUUUACUACCCUUUUACAUAAUGGCUCAUGCAAUCUCUGCAAUUCAACGCCGGCAGCAAGAGCAUCUGCAGGAUUAUGAUGGUCUGGAAAAUGAAGGGGACCAAGAAGAAGAAGAAGAAGAAGAAGAAGAAGAAGAAGAAGAAGGUGAUGAUGAAGAAGAGGACGAGGAACAGCAACAUCUUCCAGUCUAGCAUCUGUUCACAUGGAAGAUGUUAUUAGAUCUGGUGCAUUGGUAUCUCACCGAGUGGAUGUAUCUCUUCUUCUUCGUUGAUUCUAUGGUUACAGCCAGCCUGCUCAAAAUCCUCCAAUGAGGAAGUAAAAGUUUUCGGAUGGAAAACGCGUUGGGAUUUCGGAAGAUCCACAGCUUCUUGGUUCUUGUCACACGGUCAAUGAGUUUUCAUCUGAGCUGUUCUGAACUAAAGGCAUAUUUUGAUUUGUCAGUCUCCAUUACGAUUCUACACAGUUGUAUUUGUGUACAUAAAAAAAGAAAAGAGAGAAAAAGAGAGAGGCUUCAUUCUUCUCUGCUGCAUAUUCAAA